GGCUCCUGGUCUAUGAAACUGAAUUACCGGCAGACCAAAACUAAACUUACCCGAGCUGAUCUCUCUCUCUCUCUCUGUGUCGUGCGUGCGUGCGUGGGAAAUUCACAUCGAACAGUCAUACGAACUGCGCGAGAAUGUCUUAACAUUGGAUUUGUAUCACUGAAAGACUGAGACACUUUGACAUCUGCAGCUGUAUAUUCUUUUGCGUAUGUUGGCUGCUUAAACGCUGGACAAAAUGAAAUAAAUGUAAACAUCUUCGAUUAUUAACAGACAUCUGGAGAUUUCAGCUUUUCGCGUCAACUGAAGUGCUUGUGAAUCGAAUAAGGCUGGCAGGUGUAGGAAGAGGCAGGCAGCAUGGCUGAACCCAGACGAGACAGCACCAGCAGCCUGCAACGCAAGAAGCCACCAUGGCUUAAACUUGACAUUCCCGCUGCUCAGGUGUCCCUGGAUGAACCACCCACUUUUGUCCAGCCAGUGAAGAGGCAUGGAUUCCAUCGCAGUGUUAGUAUGCCUGUGGAGACGUCCCAUCUCCCCUCACCUCCCCGUGACCUCUUUGACCCUCGGCGAGCUGCUUUCCAGCGUCAGUCUUCAAUCACUCAAACCAUCAAGAGCAGCAGGAGGGUGCACUUUGAGAGGAUUAACACUGUGCCCAUUAAGGGUCACCGCGCAGGGCGCAACGGGUUCAGAAGGCAUCAGUCCCUGUCCAGAACCCUGCUCAGGGGCACGGCAGACUGGUUCGGGGUCAGUAAGGACGGAGACGCCACACAGAAAUGGCAGAGGAAGAGCCUGCGGCACUGCAGCUUGCGAUACGGCAAGCUAAAACCUCAGGUGAUCCGUGAGAUGGAGCUGCCCAGCCAGGACAACAUCUCUCUGACCAGCACAGAAACACCUCCACCUCUAUACGUACCCUCAUCACAGCAUGGCAUGCAGAAGAUUGUGGACCCAUUGGCACGAGGGCGUGCGUUUCGCAUGGUUGAAGAAGUGGAUGGCUACAGUGUUCCUCAAACUCCCAUCACGCCCGGCGCUGCAUCCCUUUGCUCCUUCACCAGCUCGCGCUCAGGCCUGAACCGCAUCCCUCGCAGACGCAAACGUGAGUCUGUGGCCAAGAUGAGCUUCAGAGCAGCUGCAGCACUGGUUAAGGGUCGCUCACUGCGAGACGGUACAUCAAGACGAGCUCACAGACGUAGCUUCACACCUGCUAGCUUCAUUGAGGAGGAUGUUGUGGACUUCCCAGAUGAACUGGAUACAUCUUUCUUUGCUAGGGACGUCCUGAUGCAGGAUGAGAUGUCCACAUUUCAUGAUGAGGUUUUUGAGUCCCCAUCAGACUCAACCAUGAAGGACAUAGAUAGCAAACAGCUGGACGAGUCUGAGCUCACAGGCAGCGCGCUGGACAAAAGUGAACUAGAGAGGAGUCACUUAAUGCUGCCUCUAGAGCGUGGCUGGCGAAAGGUUAAAGAGGGAACACCAGCGCCCCCUAAAGUCAGACUGAAGCAGGAGGUGGUGAGUGUGAAUGGCCAGAAAAGAGGCAAACGCAUCGCCGUUCCAGUCAAGAAGCUCUUUGCAAGAGAAAAAAGACCAUAUGGAUUGGGCAUGGUGGGAAAGCUGACGAAUCGUACAUAUCGCAAGCGUAUCGACAGCUAUGUAAAACAACAGAUAGAGGACAUGGAUGACCACAGGCCUUUCUUUACAUAUUGGAUAACAUUCGUUCACAUACUGAUCACUAUUUUGGCGGUGUGUAUUUAUGGCAUUGCACCAGUGGGCUUCUCUCAGCAUGAAACUGUUGAUUCUGUUUUAAGAAAUAAAGGUGUUUAUGAAAAUGUCAAGUUUGUGCAACAAGAGAACUUUUGGAUUGGACCAAGUUCGGAGGCUCUGAUUCACCUUGGAGCCAAAUUCUCACCUUGUAUGCGAAGGGACCAUCAGGUACAUGAACUUAUAAAACAAAAACAGGAUCUGGAGCGAAAUUCAGCUUGCUGUGUGCGCAAUGACCGCUCUGGCUGUCUGCAGACCUCAGAAGAAGAGUGCUCUAGCACUUUGGCUGUGUGGAUAAAAUGGCCUCAGCAUCCCAGCGUCCCCCAGCUGGAAGGGAAGCCCCGGCAAUAUGGCUCUGUGUGUCAUCAGGACCCCAGGACAUGUAUAGAGCCAGCCUCAGUUGCACCUCAUGAGUGGCCUGAUGACAUCACCAAAUGGCCGAUCUGCACUAAAUAUAAUUCGGGGAACCACACCAAUCUGCCUCAUAUUGACUGUACUAUCACCGGCCGGCCUUGUUGCAUCAGCACUAAGGGGAGGUGUGAAAUCACCUCAAGAGAGUACUGUGACUUCAUGAAAGGAUACUUCCAUGAAGAGGCAACACUUUGUUCCCAAGUGCACUGUAUGGAUGAUGUGUGUGGCCUCCUUCCAUUCCUGAACCCAGAGGUCCCAGAUCAGUUCUACCGCCUCUGGCUCUCUCUCUUCCUACAUGCUGGGAUUCUGCAUUGCCUGGUGUCGGUAUGUUUUCAGAUGACGAUUCUUCGAGACCUGGAGAAGUUGGCUGGGUGGCUACGGAUAUCAAUCAUCUAUAUCCUGAGUGGUAUCACAGGAAAUCUGGCUAGUGCUAUCUUCCUCCCCUACAGAGCUGAGGUGGGUCCAGCUGGCUCUCAGUUUGGCAUCCUGGCCUGUCUGUUUGUAGAGCUAAUUCAGAGUUGGCAAAUUCUGGCUCAGCCUUGGCGGGCCUUCACUAAGCUACUGUGUGUGGUGCUCUUUCUGUUUGCCUUCGGCUUGUUGCCCUGGAUUGAUAAUUUCGCCCAUAUCAGCGGCUUCAUCUCGGGAUUCUUCCUCUCCUUCACCUUCCUGCCCUACAUCAGCUUCGGCCGCAUGGACAUGUACCGCAAACGCUGCCAGAUCAUUAUCUUCAUGGUGGUGUUCGUGGGUCUGUUCGCCGGACUCGUGGUGCUCUUCUACGUGUAUCCCAUCAAGUGUGAGUGGUGCGAGCUGCUCACCUGCAUUCCUUUCACCGACAAGUUCUGUGAGAAGUACGACCUUAAUGCACAUCUCCAUUGAAGGAGGGGAGGCAGGGCUUCAGGAAUAGAGUGAUUUGAUUGGUUGUUGAUCUGCAUCUACCAAUCCCCUGUGUAUCUAGUUGCACUUUGUCUCUCCCAAAUGAAGCCCUUUCUGUGAAUUUGGACAGUAUGCUUGUGUUAUUUUUUUACUCAGUGCAAGUUGAAACAAUGCUUUUUAAUGUGCAGAAAAAGUUUUAUGUAGUCUGUUGAUAAGGGUGUCUGAUAAUCAUGCAAAAACAGGGUCACCCUCACGCCAAAAAUUUCUUUACACUACAGUCUCAGAAGACAAUGUCAUAAUGAAAGCACUGGUACAGCAAAUGGAAAACACGUGUUCUCCAGUUUGGUUGUUGUACUUUUUAUGUUUUAGCAUGUCAGGGGUAGGUUUGUCUUUGUUUAAUCGACCUCAGAAUCCAGGGACGAACAAAAAUCUGUACCUUUGGUGCCUUGAUAAAUGUACCUACUACUGCCAUAUUUUCAUUACACGUUGAGCAUUCAAAUGAUAUUCUUUCAUUGUGUUACUUCAAAUGAAGUAAUGGUUGAUUAUGAAAGGGUAGUGUUUUAGCUACCCAAAUUACUCACUUGUUACAAAAUACAACUAAAAACAACAUGCA